GAGAGGGAGAGAGAGAGGGAGAUGGAGGGAGGCUACAUGGAGCGGCGCCACACGGCCUCCUCCUCGUCCACUGCGGUCCUCACCCAGCAGUCGUACAGCUCCAGCGACACGCUGCGCGCUCUGGAACACUCGGACUCCGCCGCCACCGCCGCCAGCGCCGCCCAGACCCUGUACCCGCCGCGCCAACGCAUGCCCGACAUGGUGCCCCGCGAGCGCCACGAGUACCGCGGCACAGCCCAGACCCUGUCACUGAGGCAGCUUGGGAUAUGCAACCCCGCUCCUCGCAGGGGGCUGAGCUUCUGUGCAGAGACCGGCCUAUCACAUGAGAGGGGCGGGGCGGACCACACCCCAGGCGGGCUCCCGUCGGACUGCGCCAUCCGGCUGUGGGGCAGGGGGAGCCUGAAACCGCACGGCCCCGUGUCCCACCUGUCCAGCCGCUCCAACUCCGCACUCACGCUCACCGACACCGAGCAGGACAACAAGUCAGACAACGAAAGCGAGCCGUUGUCCAGCCAACAGAGCCCGCCCCCUCUACCAGCCGCCUCUCACCAGCACAAGCAGACGCCGUCAGUCACCUCGCUCAACCACGCCCUGGCCAAUCAGACAACAGAGCUGCAGAGCGCCUCGCAGUGUGUGCAGCUGCAGGAGAACUGGGUGCUGGGCAGCAAUGUAGCCCUGGAGAGCAGGCACUUCCUGUUCAAGACGGGCACUGGCACCAACUCUCUGUUUGCGGCGGCAGCCCCUGGCUACGCCAUGGCAACAGGGUCGGUGUACACCCACCCGGCCCGCCCCCUACCCAGAAACACCCUCACCAGGGGCGCCUUCAAGUUCAAGAAGUCUCCCAAGUACUGCACCUGGAAAUGCACCGCCCUCAGUGCUGUGGCCGUGGCCAUCCUGCUGUCAAUCAUACUCUGCUACUGCAUAGCUAUGCAUUUAUUGGGCCUGAACUGGCGUCUGCGUGAUGCGGAGACCCAUGCCUUUGAGAACGGACGCUCCAGGGCUGUUCCCACGCCCACUGUUGCUGUGACGACGCUGACAUCACCAGACAGGGGUCGGACAGCUGUGCCUGCUCCGCAGGAGAACGUGACGCUGGACACGGGUCAAGUGGGCUUGGGCCAGAGGGCAGGCCAGUCCGUCCCCCCUGGCGUCUUCUGGCGCUCGCGGCUGGCCAUGGAGGAGCCCAACUUCCUCAAGUUCAACAUCUCCAUCCACAAGAACGCCCUGAUUGGGGUCUACGGCCGCAAGGGCCUGCCGCCCACACACACACAGUAUGACUUUGUGGAGCUGCUGGACGGCAGUAGGCUGAUCGUCCCAGAGGAGUACCCCCAGACGGCCCCAGAGCUGCGGGAGGUGCUGGAGCGGCCGGUGGCCAUGCACGAGGCCGGCUUCUUCCACUACCUGGACUCAGGUGUGUGGCACCUGGCCUUCUACAACGACGGACGCAACACUGAGCAGGUGUCCUACAAGACCAACAUCCUGGAGGCCGUGAUGGAGUGUCCAUUUAACUGUAACGGGAAUGGGGAGUGCCUCUCUGGCACCUGCCAAUGUUUCCCAGGGUUCCUCGGGCCCUACUGUUCCAGAGCUGCCUGUCCUGUUCUGUGCAGUGGCAAUGGCCAGUACACUAGGGGGCGCUGUGAGUGCCACAGCGGGUGGAAGGGCACCGAGUGUGACAUCCCCAGCAGCCAGUGUGUUGACCUGCUUUGUGGGGGUCACGGCGUGUGUGUGCGGGGCUCCUGUGUGUGCAACACGGGCUACAAAGGCGAGAGCUGUGAUCAAGUGGACUGCAUGGAGCCCAGCUGCUCGGGCCAUGGGCUGUGUGUGCAAGGCCGGUGCCACUGCGGGCCGGGCUGGAGUGGACCCAGCUGCCAAGCCAAGUCCAGCACCUGCCCUGCCGACUGCUCCGGCCACGGCACCUACCAGCUGGACACGGAGACCUGCCUCUGUGAGCCGGGCUACACCGGACAGGACUGCUCCUCAGAGGUGUGUGUGGUGGACUGCACGCCGCAUGGCGUGUGUGUGGGCGGCUCGUGCCACUGUGAGGAGGGCUGGCGAGGGACGCGCUGUGACGAGCAGGAGUGUGAGCCGCCCUGCGGUGACCACGGAGUGUGUCGCGACGCCGUGUGUGAGUGUCACCCGGGCUGGGUCGGAGAGAGCUGCAGCAUCGAUGGGUGCCCGGGGCUGUGUAACAGUAAUGGCCGCUGCACGCUGGACCAGAACGGCUGGCACUGCCUGUGCCAGGUCGGGUGGAGGGGCGCCGGGUGCGACAUCGCCAUGGAGACCGCCUGCUCCGACGGCAAAGAUAACGAAGGAGACGGUCUAAUGGACUGCAUGGACCCUGACUGCUGUCUCCAGAGCUCCUGUCAGGCGACUCCGUUCUGCCGCGGCUCUCCUGACCCCAGCGGCAUUGUGGGAAAUCAGCCGAGCGCCGCUCCCCAGAGCUUCUACCAGCGCGUCAGCUUUCUGAUUGGUCCUGGUGGAACCCACACACUUCCUGGAGACAACCCCUUCAACAGCAGUCUGGUGACUGUUAUCCGAGGGCAGGUGUUGACGAUGGAUGGAACUCCAUUGAUUGGAGUGAAUGUAUCUUUCCCCCACCUACCAGAGUAUGGGUUCACCAUCACACGCCAAGAUGGUCUGUUCGACUUGCUGGCCAAUGGCGGCGCCUCGCUGGUGCUGAGCUUCGAGCGCGCUCCGUACGCCUCUGUCCAGAUGACCGUGUGGGUGCCCUGGAACGUGUUCCACGUGAUGCAGCCGCUCGUCAUGCGCCAUGAGCCCACGGACACGCCCUCCUGCGACCUGAGUGGACUUGAGAGGCCAAGCCCUCGCCUCACGGCCACACCCCUCUCGGUGUUCUUUAGCUCCUCCCCUGAAGCCAGCCCUGUUGUGCCUGAGACUCAGGUCCUGCAUGAGCAGACUCCUGUUCCUGGGAGUGAGCUGAAGCUGGUGUACCUGAGCUCGCGGGCGUCCGGCUACAGGCCUGUGCUGAAGGUGACCUUGACCCCUGCGGCCGUGCCCUUCGGCCUGUCCAAGGUGCACCUGAGGCUGUCCGUGGAGGGCAGGAUGCUCCAGAAGUGGUUUCCUGCCGCGCCCCACCUCUCCUACACGCUGCUCUGGGACAAGACGGACGCCUACGGCCAGAAGGUCUACGGCCUGGGCCAAGCUGUGGUGUGGGUGGGCUUUGAGUACGAGGCGUGCCUGAGUGUGGUCCUGUGGGAGAAGAGGAGCAUGGCGCUGCAGGGCUACCAGCUGGACCUCUCCAACAUGGGCCGCUGGACACUGGACAAGCACCACGCUCUGGACCUGGCCAACGGCAUCCUCUUCAAGGGCAACGGAGAGCAGCGGCUGCUCUCUCUGCUGCCGCCCGUCAUCUCCACGGUGAUGGGCAACGGGCGCCGCCGCAGCAUCUCGUGCCCCAGCUGUAACGGGCAGGCCGAGGGCAACAAGCUGCUCGCCCCCGUGGCACUGGCCUGGGGCCUGGACGGCAGCCUCUACGUCGGGGACUUCAACUACAUCAGACGCAUCUACCCCUCCAGGAACGUCUCCAGCAUCAUGGAGCUCAGGAAUAAAGACUUCAGGCACAGUAACAACCCUGCCCACCGCUACUACCUGGCCACUGACCCGGUGACGGGGCAGCUGUACGUCUCGGACACCAACUCGCGCCGCAUCUACCGGCCCCGGGCCCUAGGGGGCAGCGUGGAGCCCCAGCAGAACGUGGAGGUGGUGGUGGGCACGGGGGAGCACUGUCUGCCCUUCGACGAGGCCCACUGCGGGGACGGGGGGCCGGCCACCGAGGCGUCCCUCGCCGGACCCAAAGGUAUCGUGGUGGACAAGGACGGAUUGAUCUAUUUUGUCGACGGAACGGUGAUCCGGAAAGUGGACAAGACAGGGGUCAUCUCCACGGUAAUGGGAUCCAACGACCUUGCUUCUGCUCGACCGCUGGCGUGUGAUGCUGCGAUGGACGUCCAACAGGUGGUGUUGGAGUGGCCCACUGACCUGGCCAUCAGCCCCGUGGACAACUCUCUGUACGUGCUGGACGGUAACCUGGUGCUGCGCGUGUCCGAGGGCGGUCAGACCAGCGUGGUGGCGGGCCGGCCGCUGCACUGCCCAGGACCCCCGUCCACCCAGCGGCCCACCGAGACCCCGCUGGCCAGCCACACGGCCCUGGACAGCCCGAGCGCCAUCGCCGUCUCCUACGCCGGCGAGCUCUUCGUCGCCGAGACGGACGAGAAGCGGAUGAGCCGCGUGCAGCGCGUGUCGCCCGACGGCGAGAUCGCCCACCUGGCCGGCGCGCCGUCCGACUGCGACUGCCGCAACGACGUCAACUGCGACUGCUACCUGUCCGGCGACGGCUACGCCAAAGACGCGCGGCUCAACGGGCCGUCCUCCAUGGUGGCGGCGCCGGACGGGACCCUCUACGUGGCCGACCUCGGGAACAUCCGGAUCAGGGCGGUCGGCCGGACUCGCCCGCCGCUCAACGCCGCCGGCCUCUACGAGGUGGCGUCGCCCGAGUCCGAGGAGCUCUACCUGUUCAGCGCCAACGGGACGCACCGGCACACGCUGCACCUGGUCACCGGCGACUACAAGCACAACUUCACCUACGACAGCGAGGGCGGGCUCGGCGGCGUCACCGAUUGCCACGGCAACACGCUGCGCAUCAGACGCGACGCCGGCCAGGUGCCCGUGCGCCUCGUCGCCCCCGACAACCAGGUGAUCUGGAUGGCCGUGGACGCGAAGGGACACCUCAAGUCCCUCACAGCACAGGGCCACGAGCUGGUCCAGUUCACCUACCAUGGCGACAGCGGUCUCCUAGCAACUAAGACCAUCACCAAUGGCUGGACCACAUUCUAUGAGUAUGAUGUGGAGGGAAAGCUCUACAACGUAACGUUCCCCUCUGGUGUUGUGACUAAUCUCCGUGGCGACAUGGAGACUGAUUUCACCGUCACCUUGACUACCUCUGGCCAGGAGGACGAUGCCAGCAUCAGCACCAACCACACGUCCAUUCAGGCAGUGUUCACUUUAUCUCAGGACCAGCUGCGGAACAGCUAUGUGCUGGGCUAUGACCGGUCCCUGCGGAUCCUCUACGCUAACGGCAUGGACUCCCACUACCAGACCGAGCCCCACAUCCUGGCCGGCCCGUCCUGUCCCAUCGUGGCGCGGCGGAACAUGACGCUGCCCAGCGAGAGUGGCCAGAACCUGGUGGAGUGGCGCUUCCGGAAGGAACAGUCAAGGGCAAAGGUCACCGUGUUUGGACGCAAACUACGGGUGAACGGCCGCAACAUUCUGUCGGUGGACUAUGACCGCCUACUGCGGACGGAGCGUAUCUAUGAUGACCACCGCAAGUUCCUGCUGAAGAUUCUGUACGACGCGGCCGGCCAGCCGGUGCUCUGGACGCCCAGCAGUAAGCUGCUGCCGGUCAACAUCACCCGCAUCAGCGGCGGGCUCAUCAGCGCCCUCCAGUGGGGGGCUGAGGCCGAGCGAGUGGAGUACGACACCCAGGGGCGCCUCGUCACCAGAGAGUUCCCCGAUGGCAAGACCUGGACCUACACUUACAUGGAGCAGGCGGUGGUGUUGCUGUUGGCCAGCCAGAGGCAGUAUGUGUUUGAGUACGACUCCCACGGCCUCCUGUCGGGCGUCACCAUGCCCAGUCUGGCGCGCUACACCAUGCACACGGUGCGCUCGCUCGGUUACUAUAGCAACCUCUACCACCCGCCCGAGAGCAACGCCUCCGUCGCCAUCGACUACCGGGAGGACGGACUCCUCCUACGCGUGGCCCAUCACGGAACGGGCCGGCGGGUCUUGUACCGGUACCGGUGGCAGAACAAGCUGUCGGAGCUUCUGUACGACAGCACGAAGGUGACCUUCACCUACGACGAGACGGCCGGCGUGCUGAAGACCAUCAACCUGCAGAGCGAGGCCUUCAUCUGCACUAUCCGCUACAGACAGCUGGCGGCGCUAGUGGACCGGCAGAUCUACCGGUUCAACGAGGACGGCAUGGUCAACGCACGCUUCGACUACGCCUACGACGGGAGCCUCCGCGUGGCCAGCGUCCAGGGGGUCAUCAACGAGACGCCGCUUCCCAUCGACCUCUACCAGUACGACGACAUCUCGGGGAAGCUGGAGCAGUUCGGCAAGUUCGGCGUGAUCUACUACGACAUCAACCAGAUCAUCUCCACGUCGGUCAUGACCUACAGCAAGCACUUCGACGGCCACGGGCGGAUCAAGGAGAUCCAGUACGAGGUGUUCCGAACGGUCAUGUACUGGAUCUCCUUCCAGUACGACGCGGCGGGCCGAGUGAUGAAGAAGGAGAUGAAGAUCGGGCCGUACGCCAACUCCACCAAGUACAGCUUCGAGUACGACGUGGACGGGCAGCUGCAGGUGGCGUCUCUGAACGACCGCGUGUCGUGGCGCUACAACUACGACCUGAACGGCAACCUGCACCUGAUGAACCCCGGCAACACCCGGCUGACCCCGCUCCGCUACGACCUGCGCGACCACAUCACGCGCCUGGGCGACCUGCAGUACCAGCUGGACGAGGACGGCUUCCUGCGGCAGCGCGGCUCCGAGGUCUUCGAGUACAACUCCAAGGGCCUGCUGGAGCGCGUCUACAGCAAGUCUCUGGGCUGGAGCGUGCGCUACCGCUACGACGGCCUGGGCCGCCGCGUCUCCUCCAAGAGCAGCCUCGGGCGGCACCUGCAGUACUUCUACGCCGACCUCACCUACCCCAGCCGCGUCACGCACGUCUACAACCACACCAGCCUGGACAUCACCUCGCUCUACUACGACCUGCAGGGACACCUGUUCGCCAUGGAGAUGAGCAGCGGCAAAGAGUUCUACAUCGCCUGUGACAACACGGGCACGCCGCUGGCCUGCUUCAGCAGCGAGGGCCUCCUCCUGAAGCAGGUGCAGUACACGGCCUACGGGGAGAUACACCUGGACUCCAACCCCGACCUGCCGCUCCCGCUGGGCUUCCACGGCGGCCUGUACGACCCCCUCACUAAGCUGGUCCACUUCGGCGAGCGCGACUUCGACAUCAUGGCCGCCCGCUGGACCACGCCCUGUCCCACCGCGUUCAGAGACUUGGGGGCCGAGCCCAGGCCCUUCAACCUGUACAUGUUCCGCAACAACGACCCCAUCAGUCACGGCCACAACGUGCGCGAGUACCUCACAGAUGUGAACACCUGGCUGGUAACCUUUGGCUUUCACCUGCACAACACCAUACCUGGCUUCCCUGCCCCCAAGUUUGACAUCAACAACCCGUCAUAUGAGCUGAAGAAGAGCCAGCUUUGGGAUGACCUCCCACCCGUCUUUGGGAUGCAGCAGGACGUGGCCAGGCAGUCCGAGGCCUUCCUCUCCUUCAGGCGCCUGCCCGACAUCCGGUUUGGACCGGCCCCGCACACGGAGAAGCCGUGGCUGUGGUUCGCCCCGAGCGCCUCGCUGGUCGGCCGCGGCGUCAUGCUGGCCGUUAGCCGAGGCCGAGCCGUGGUGACCCGCACGCUGGCCACCGCCAGCGAGGACUGCGCCAAGAUCGCCAGCGUGCUCAACGGCGCCAUCUACCUGCAGGACCUGCACUACGCGCUGGACGGCUGCGACACGCACCACCUGGUGAAGCUGGGCCCGCCGGACCCCGACCUGGCCCUGCUGCGGCUCACCGGCGGCAAGCGCGCGCUGGAGAACGGCGUCAACGUGAGCGUGUGGCAGUCCACGGCCGUGGGGUCGGGCGGCCGCACGCGGCGGCUGGUGGACGUGGAGCUGCGCAGCGGAGCGCUAGCGCUGCACGUGCGCUACGGCACCACGCAGGACGAGGAGCGCGAGCGCGUGCUGGAGCUGGCCCGCCAGAGGGCGCUAGUGAGCGCGUGGGCCCGGGAGCAGCAGAGGGUGCGCAACGAAGAGGAGGGCGCGCGGCUGUGGAGCGAGGCGGAGAAGAGGCAGCUGCUGACCGGAGGGAAGGUCCCCGGCUACGACGGCUACUACGUCCUCUCUGUGGAGCAGUACCCUGAGCUGGCCGACAGCACUAGCAACAUCCAGUUCCUCCGGCAGAACGAGAUCGGAAAGAGGUAACACACACAGUACCUUCCGCCUUCCCAAGACUACACCACCCGAGACUUUAACCCUGAGGUAACACAAGAUGGCUGGAGGCAGAGAGGACUCGGUGAGUUUCCUUCUAGUUACAGCGUGACAAAAAACAGUCCACUAAUGUGGCAAGACCAGAGAGAAGCGGACCAUUGCUCUGCUCUCCAGAAGUGUAGAGCAGAGUUCUGCUUUGAAACCAGACUGCUAACUAGCUGGAGGAGAGAUUAGGGGGUGCCGUGAGGCCGAGGACUAAUGAACCCCUGCUGUAAAUUAGGUGAAGCGACACGGUAAUCGUGGGAACCGUAAAUCAGUCGUGUUUACGUUGGUCCUGUGUAAAGAUGGCUGGAGUGACAUGCAGCAGAACACUUUGGAGAUUAUUUUUACUCGAGGGACGUGCAAGUCAGCAAAUAUUGACCAACGCUGUGCGUUGUGCCACAAUGUAUACUCUGUAAUUGUAUGAAGCCUUACUAAGGCAAGCGUCUCUACAGCACAGCUCCAUAAGCCUGAGUCACCACCGUCACAAGCAAACUAAUGUACAGUGAAAAUAUUUUAUAAGAUAGAUUCUAUCUUGUCUAUUUAUUUGUCUAUUUAUUUGUUGGUCCAUUUGUUUAGUUAGUAAGCAUAAGCAUAGUAGUCAUUUGAAAAUAUCAGAACAAUCCAUGGGCAUGAGCAAAAGACUUAUCACUCCCAUCUGAGUGUUACAGGGUUUGAAGGCAUAAAAAAACUACAGGCUGUAUCUGAGUGUAUGAACUGUAUGGAAUUGUCACUUUGUAUCUGCUUUGUAAAUGUGUGUUUCUAAAGCGUUGAGAUCCAGGUGAAAUGGACUUCCAACCAUAAGUCUACUGUGGGAAAAAAAAUAAUAAUCAUUCAACCACUACCACCAUCUACAAUGAACACAACAUCAGCUACUAGUGUUUUAUUUAGUCUGGGGAUGAUGAGGACCAAACGAGCAUAUGUUGCUGAAUCAUUAAAUACGUUGUCAAAAGACAGAGAUGUUGAGACAGUGUCGUCAGCGCUGGAUUGAUGAGGAAGCGAGCUCCUUAGCACAGACGGUGUACUUAUGGGAUUGGGAACCCAGCAGUGCUUCUCUAGGAAUUAAACAGAAUUCUUCAUCACAUAAUGGUCACAG